AAAUUUCAGUUUUGAUUUUGAUUUCUGCAAGAACAGAACAAUCUGUGAAAAAAAUUAAAUUAACUUAGUAAUAACUUGUUAUCUGUGCAUAAAUUAAGUAUAAUUAAGUAGCUUUAAAGAUGAAGCAUGAAGAAAAGCAAGAAAGUCAUGAAGAAUAUGAUGAAAAUCAUGAAGAAUAUGACGAAAACAACGAUUCAAAUUCAUCAAGUCGCAAACGCUAUUAUGACUCGAUUUCUGACAAGCGAAGUGCAUCUCCUGAACGUUCGAGGAAGAGAUCACGUCGUGAUAGAUCAUACUCGAGUACUCCUUCCAAAAGUCCUGAUAAUUCCAAGCGAAUUCGUUAUUAUGGGACUCGAGAAAACCCGAAUAAAUCAAGAGUUUUGGGUGUUUUUGGCUUAAGCAGCAGAACAAUAGAAGACGAUUUAGCUGACAUUUUUUCCCGUUAUGGACCAAUUCAAAACAUUCGUAUUGUGUACGAUGCAAAAAGCGGUAAUUCUCGUGGAUUUGGCUUUGUAUACUUUUACUAUGUUAAUGACGCAACUGAGGCAAGACGAGAUUGUAAUGGAAUGCGAUUGAAUGGAAAGCGUAUUCGUGUUGAUUAUAGCAUUACUAAACGAGCUCAUACACCAACUCCAGGAGUUUAUAUGGGAAUUCGUCAGUCGCAUAAUGAUGAUCGUCGUUCAAAGUAUCGCAGUCAUUCAUAUCAUCGUCAUCGCUAUGAUGACCGACGUUCAAAUCGUCAUUCACGCUCCUAUAGCCGUUAAUUAUAAUAAUUUAAUAUGUUUAUCGCUUUAUGUCAUUUAGCAUUUACAUACAUUCUCAUAUAUAUAUAUAUAUUUAAUUCUAGUCUAUACUCAAGAUAUUUUAUAAUCAAAUUAAGUUUGAAGAAGAUAUCGACCUAAUAUGGAAAAUGAUAAAAUUAUAUCCAAUAGGAUUUACAAGCAUGCUGAUAAUUUCAAACAAAAACUAUGUAAUAUUUAGAAGCAACUCAAAAACUAUGUAUAAGUCUAUUCAAGGCUAUUAUUUUAUCUCGCAUCUUAGAAAUAUAGAAGAUAUCUACAUAUAAUUAUUAUUAA